AUGGCCACCUUGUCUGGAAUCAUCAAUGGCAGCUCCCUGGAUAGCCGCGUCGAGGACUAUCUAGAGGACAAGCUUCAAUCAACUGCUGACCUCGACAACCUCGACGAGCUCCUCACCAAUGUCGAACUGCAGCGAAACCAGCUCCAAUCGCAGCUCGACGAUGCUGCAAAAGAGUUGGAAGAGGCGAGGCGCAUAAGCGAUGAACGCCAGGCAGCCCUCCAGGCUCGAAUCGCCGAGUUCAACGAGCUGCAAGAAAGCAUCGACAGGCGCGUCCAAAUAGCUGCCGCUUCCGAUGCGCCGAGCGAGGCGAUUGCGCGACUACAGAAGCCCAUGAAACAGCUGCAGAAUGUCGAGCUGGCUCAGAAAUACUUUUUGCUGUUACAAGAUGCUGAGCGACUACGGAAAGAGGCGCGGUCUCAUCUACCGAGUAGCCCUAAAGAGGCGCUCGAGCCGUAUGCGCUCUUGAAAGAGCUGGCGAUUAAGCUGAGGUCCCUGCCCGGGAAUGACGAGCUUCAUCUUGUGGAUCAUGUUGAAAGGAUGACGAAGAAUCUCUGGGAUGAAAUGAAACAAAUCAUGUCUGCCGAGCUAGAGACUGUAUUAAAUAAGAAGCGCUGGCCCAAAGUCGAUCCUCAGUCGGAGAUGGACGAAGAAUGGCUUGUCUGCGUGGAGAAGCUUCUCGAUUUGCAGAUGCCAGAAGUGGUUCACAGCGCAGGAAUCGUGACCCUCUUGCCGUUCGAGGUCAUGGCCAAGAUGUUCGUUACCGAGUUUCGCUUUCAUUUUAUGAGCGACAAACCAACCAGCAGCGCUCAAUCAGUUGGCACCCAUUGCUUUCCCUGGCUUCUGACAACGUUGGAAAAGUGGGAGGACUUCUUUCGCGAUAAUCUGGGCCAUCUCCUGGCGUCCAAGUUCCACGAUACACCCGUGGCUGAUAAGACCAUAUAUGUGGAUCCUGCCUGUGCUCUCGUCACUGCAAUGCUACCUGUCGUUCGGGAGAAGAUUGACGCAGUGGCAUUAGAGACGCAUACGAACCCUGGAUUCUUGAGCAGUUUUAUAUCCCAGGUCAUGACUCUAGAUGAGAAUAUCCGAUCUCGGUUCAACUAUGACGGCGGCGAUCCCGAGAAUGGCUGGGCAGGACUGUCAGAGAUCAUACUGGAGAAGUAUUUUGAUGUGUGGUACCAGGCCGAAAGGAGUUUUGCGCUGGAGAGAUUUGAGGCCAUCUUGGAAUCAAGAGAUGCGCGUAAAAUUGAUUAUGAUUACUCACUGCCCGGCAAGAUGAAGCCUACAUUUGCGGCUGUGCAACUCACAGAUUUGCUACGGGUAGUAACUACAAAAUAUGAACGCCUCCGCAAAGUCAAGCAAAAGCUCAAAUUUCUCACGGAUAUUCAACUUGAUAUUCUCGAUGGAUAUCACGAUCGCUUGAGAAGCUCAUUGGAAGCCUACCAGUCUUUGACCUCUACCUUGGGCCGGACCAUCCACGGUGUGACGAAAGAACAGCUCGCUGCCCUGGAGGGGACUGGUGCUUUGGAGACGUUGUGCAAAGUGAUUGGUAGUUCCGAUCAUAUUGCCAACACGUUGGCGGAGUGGGGCGAUGAAGAAUUUUAUGUCAUUCUGUGGGAUCAGCUGCACAGACGUCAAUCUCGACAAAUCAAGCCACAGGGCUCAGCAAUCGGUAACGUGGUUGGGAAUAAUCAUGAUCUCAAGGAACGCACCGUCGCUGCUGUUGAUGAUGGCGACGAGAAUGGGGCCAUCUUUGACGAAACCAUUGCGGCAUAUACCAACCGUCGCAAGGCUGGUGAAGAGCUGCUGGUGGGUGCCUUGGUCGACUCUCACUCCAAAGCGUUGCGUGCCUAUACCCAUAAUGUCCAGUGGACAACAAUUGGCGAAAGCGCCACUCCUGAUGAACCCCUGAGCGUCUUGAAGAGGAACCUAGAAUUCUUAGGCAAAGCUCUCUCUGCGGCCUCGUUUCGCCGAGUCUGGCGAGAUGCGCUCGAAAAGCUCCAAGACUUGCUAUGGACUAGUAUUCUCACCCGUCAAACAUUCACCACGCUUGGGGCAGCACAAUUUGCGCAUGACUGCGAAUCCAUUUUUUCACUUGUUGACCGCUUCAUUCCCAAUGGUUCGGCAGCCCUGGAAUCUCUUCGCGAGGGGCUUGUCCUGCUCAACUUGCCAGCCACAGCAACUAGAGAGAGCGAGGACACCAUCGCCAUCACGCUCAAGCAAGCUAGUGAUCGAGCGUUUACCGACAAUGACGAGGCGCGUGCGGUACUUGAAGAGCUGCAGCUCGUGGCGUUGACACCGCUGAAUGCAAGACAAAUUCUCCAGAGACGAGUGGAGAAUAACGAGAAUGUUGGAUGGUAA